AUGUGUGCCUUUCCUUGGCUGUUCCUUCUCCUGCUGCUCCGGGAGGGUGACCAAAGGGGACUCCGGAGAUGAUGUGGAUCCGAGGAAGUGGUUGCGGUUCUUUGGGAGUCCAUCAGCCUCCCCCUGGAAAUAACACCGGAUGAAGAGGUUGAGAACAUCAUCUGGUCCUCUCACAAAAGUCUUGCCACUGUGGUGCCAGGGAAAGAGGGACAUCCAGCUACCAUCAUGGUGACCAAUCCACACUACCAGGGCCGAGUGAGCUUCCUGGACCCCAGCUAUUCCCUGCAUAUCAGCAAUCUGAGCUGGGAGGAUUCAGGGCUUUACCAAGCUCAAGUCAACCUGAGAACAUCCCAGAUCUCUACCAUACAGCAGUACAAUCUACGUGUCUACCGACGGCUGUCAGAGCCCCAUAUCACUGUGAACUUUGAGAGCUCUGGGGAAGGUGCCUGCAAUAUGUCCCUGGUGUGCUCUGUGGAGAAGGCAGGCAUGGACGUGACCUACAGCUGGCUCUCCCAGGGGGACAGCGCUUAUACAUUCCAUGAAGGCCCUGUCCUCAGCACAUCCUGGAGGCCAGGGGACAGUGCCCUCUCCUACACCUGCAGAGCCAACAACCCCAUCUGCAACGUCAGUUCUCGCCCCAUCCCUGCUGGGCCCUUCUGUGCAGAUCCUAACUAUGCUUCUGAGAAGCCUUCAACAGCCUUCUGCCUCCUGGCCAAGGGAUUGCUCAUCCUCUUACUCUUUGUAAUUCUGGCCGUGGGGCUCUGGGUCAUCCGAGUCCAGAAAAGACACAAAAUGCCAAGGAUGAAGAAACUCAUGAGAAAAAUGAAAUUGAGGAAGGAGGCAAAGCCUGGCUCCAGCCCUGCCUGA